UAUAGGUGAUAUUUGUUUUCUAUGGUGUCCGACAAUAAAUGACAUUUCUCGUUUAAUUUUUUUUUUUAUCAAAGAACAUCUUGGUUCCAGAAUCAACAGUACGACUAUUGUUUGGAGUGCAAUGAAUCUUUUAAUUAUUUUUCUCUUCAUUUUAAAACGCAAAAAUGCAUAUGAAAACGCGUAAAUUAAAGAGAAAAAAAAAUUUUUCUAAUUGGCACAUUACAUAAUGAAGAUGAUUGGGAUUGAGGGAAACAUUGACAUCAGAAGAAAAUGUGAAUGCAUAGGAGACUUGCUUGUACCUUGAGGUCGCGUUCAGUGUCGUCAGUUCGAUCCGGUCAGUGGGCCAUUCAGCAUGAACAACCAACGCGAUUCACAAUCCAUAUAUUCCAUCAACAGUGAAAAACAUUUAGUGCCCAUAAAAUCCAGGAAGACUUAUUUUAAAACAAGAAAGAAGAAAUUCAGCAUUGGAAAUAUAUUAACAUUUCUUCUUAUUGUUGGUUUAUUAAUAACUGUCAUCAUUUUACUGGUAUUCUAUGCAAGAAUAAAUUGGAUUGAUUUAUGUGAUAACGAGGACUGCGUGCGAAUUGCUGCUAGUCUUAAGGAAUCUAUGGAUACUUCUGUAGAUCCUUGUGAUGACUUUUACAAGUACGCCUGUGGUAGAUGGCCUGAAAUACAUCCAUUACCUGAGAGUAGUUUAACCAAUUCCUGGUUUAGUGAAAGAAGUAAAAGAGUAACAAGAGUGAUUAGAGAUUUGUUGCGCGAGAAUUCCACUGAUCACGUUCCUUGGGCAGUUGAGCAGGCAAAGACAUUGUACAAAAGUUGCAUGGAUUUAGAUUCCAUAAAUGCCUGGGGACUUGUGCCUUUGUUCAGUUUACUGAAGGAAUUAGAUUUGCCGCAAAUUCCUGCAGCCUUCACAAAACAGAAAACAAACUUUGUUCGGCAAAUGGCAAGGGUUAAGCGUAUUCUUGGAAAGGAUAUAUUUUUUGGCAUGGAUGUUUAUCCUGAUCCUAGAAACAAAUCUCGAAAUACUAUAAUUCUUGAUACACCAGCAAUAGAGACUCCAUUUCCAAAUGAUAAAGAAAUAGAAAUGCGUUUACAGAAACUAAAAAAUCAAAUGAUCAAUUUUGAAGAUGAAUUAAAAUUAGAAGAAUUUUCAGCAACGAUAGAAAAAAAUUAUAUGAUAGAUGCUAUUAAAGAAGUAAUUAGUAAUGGAACAGUGGAAUAUAGAACAUGUAAAUCAAAAACAGUGUCUUCCUUUGCUCGCGAAGAUGAAAUUAGUAUUGUGGUUAAUCAUAUUUAUGACCUUGGUGAAGUAUUUUAUAAGUUAAAAAAUGCAGACAAUAGUACAUCAAUAACGGAAGAGGAUUUAUCAGAUGACAAUUAUAUGGAAUUUGAGGAUUUGCAAAAAUUAACAGACGAGUAUGUGAUAUCUGUUAAUUCGUCAUUGAAACCGAAAAUAAUUUGGAGACCAUUUAUUGAAGAAGUUUUUAAAGAUAUUUUAACAUUGAAUAAAAAAGAUAUUGUGCUAGUUGCAGAUUUAGAGUAUUUAAAAAAAGUUGCCUAUAUAUUAUCUUCUACUGAAGAUGAAUUGUUAGAAACCAUUAUAUGGUGGAGUGUUAUAGAUAUUUUAACUCCGUUUGCUUCUAAGGAUCUACGAAAAAUUUGGUCUUAUUAUUUAGAUGAAAUAAUGGAAGUUGAAAUUGGUGAAUCUAGGUCUAUUAAUUGUGCUACGGCUGUGAAUGAUUUAAUGGGAAUGGCAGUUUCCUGGUUAUUUGUGGAACGUAAUUUUCACAAUGAAACUGGACCAAAAGUAAAGGAAAUGGUAGACGACAUUAAAGAAGCUUUUGCAACAAUGGUAAUUGAAUCAGAUUGGAUGGAUAGAAAAACAAAAAUUGCAACGUUAGAGAAAAACAAAAAAAUGUCAUCGCUAAUUGGAUAUCCAUUUUGGUUGUUUAAUGAAGACUCUAUCAAUGAUUAUUAUGAAGGUAUAGAUCUCACGGUUUUUGAAUAUAUGUCAAAUAUGAUGCAGAUAAUUCGAAUUCAAAGUAAUUCAGAAUUAAAAAAUCUUCACGAAUUCAAUCCCGAUGAUGAACCAUAUUGGGCUACUGAUCCAACGAAUGUGAAUGCCUUUCAUACUUUUCAAGCAAAUCAAAUAACUGUUCCAGCUGGAAUUUUACAGUUUCCAUUUUACGACUUGGGUCUUGAAGCCUUAAAUUAUGGGGCUAUUGGAACAGUCCUUGGCCAUGAGUUAACACACGGUUUUGAUAAUAGUGGACGACAAUACGAUGGUAAUGGAAAUGUUCGUCAAUGGUGGACGAAAGACACAAUAAAAAAGUAUAAAGAAAGAACAAAAUGUUUCGUUGAACAAUACAAUACUUUUUACGAGAAAGAGGUUGAUGAAUACGUUAAUGGAGAAUUAACUUUGGGUGAAAAUAUUGCCGAUAAUAGUGGAUUAAAAGAGGCAGUUCUUGCCUAUAGACGAUGGACAGUCAGACACGGAGAAGAACAUGUACUUCCGGGAUUUAUGAAUUUUACCCAUGAGCAACUUCUGUUUUUAGGAUUUGCGCAUUUAUGGUGUGAAAGUUACACAGUCUCAUCAUUAAAGUGGAUGCUGCAAGAUUCACAUUCACCAGGUCACAUUCGACUUCAAGGAGUUUUGAAAAAUUCUCAGGAAUUCAGUUCAGCAUGGAAUUGUCCCUUGGGAUCGAAUAUGAAUCCCAAAAAGAAGUGUAGCUUAUGGUGAUUAAUAUUUCAAAAUAUAUAUUAUAAAAUUAA